UUUUGAGAAAAAAUUGAUUGUUGAUUUUUUUGUUUCUCUUUCAACACUUUUUACCCAAUGGAUUUUUCUGUCAAUUAAUUAAUUGUUGUAUAAAAAUACUUUUUAAAUAGUCAUUUAAUUUUGUUGUAAUCAUGUUAAUCGAAAAUCCUGAAUCCCUACAAACCUGGUUAACUUCCUAUUUAGAGCCUUUGUGUGAUGCUGAUCCACAGGCUUUGGCUCAAUAUGUGAUCGCGUUAAUUUGUAAAGAUAAACCAACGACGGACCUGAGACAUAUUCUGUUUGAGCAAUUGGAGGUAUUCCUACAGAAAGAGACUUUACCUUUUGUUGAGGUUCUUUUCGACAUUGUAGAGAGAAAAUCUUACUUAGAACCCGUUGAAUUAGAUCAUAAUUGUCCCUCGUCUAUUAGAUCAUCAAACAUUCUGGAUGGUUUACAAUCUUGUGUCGAUAAUUUUGGUACUCGUGAGAAUCAAGAUUCACCUCUUCAAUCACUAUCUAGGUCUCACUCUCGGAGUCAAUCUCGUUCUCCUCCAAACUCAUCUUCACAAACUCACCAUCGAGAUGUUGAUAUGAGAAGACCAGGAGAUUAUAAUGCUUCUGAUCAAACUUGUGAAGAAUCAAGAGUUUAUUUUGAUGAAGAUGAGAGGAAUCGUUCAACAGGCUGGAAUGGUUCAUCUUCCAGGGAGAUAAAUCGUAGGUUUAGACAAUCACGAAGUAGAUCUCGUUCAUUUUCACCUCAACAAAAUGAUGAUAGAAGUAGAAGUAGAUCAAAUAAUAGAAUACAAUCUUCUUCAAGAAGUCGUAGUCGUGAUGGUGGCCCAGUUUCCAAGAGAACACGAGUAAGUUCAAACUCACGAGUACACGAGGAAUUGCAAGACGAGGAUAAAGAUGAAAAACCUUUAUUAAUCAGGGAACGUUGUGUAGAUUAUGAGGAGAGAGGUUUUUGUUUAAGAGGUGAUUUAUGUCAAUUUGAACAUGUUAGUGAUCCAAUGGUCUUAGAUGCUGCUUUGUCAUCGGUUGUCUUUGGUGGGACACCCGAUGAAACCCCUAUGGUUACACAGAAUAUUUCCAACGUGGGUCCAAUCAGUUUUCUUAAUGAACCAUAUAAUCCGGAAGCUCCAGGUAUUGAUAAGCCAAUUAAACCACAUGGGAAUCGUUUAAUGUCCGUUGUCGGCUCUUUAUCAGAUCCUCUUUGUGAUCCAAUGGGUGAAAAUUUUGUUAAUAUUCCUCAGCAAUCAUUCUGGAGACCCGUUCAUCCGUUGCAUCCUGGAUCCAUGUCGCCAUCAGCCAAUGAGAACAAUGGUCAUUUGUACAAUAAUAAUAAUCCAACCAACAGAUCGAAACGAAAGGGUCGAGGCAAUAGACGUCGAAAUCGUACUCGAGGUGGUUUCUUUAAACGUGUGAUGAACGAUGAAAGUGCCGAUAAAUGUACAUUAGAAGUUAGGAAAAUACCGCCAAAUCUUAAUACCAUUGCAAACCUUAAUUCUCAUUUCUCCAAAUUUGGGUCAAUUGUUAAUCUUCAAGUUGGUUAUGAUGGUGAUCCAAGAGCCGCGUUGAUUAAAUUUAUUGGUCAUAAAGAUGCAUUGGCCGCACAUCGAUCCACAAAAGCCAUUUUCAAUAAUCGUUUCAUUAAAAUCUUUUGGCAUCAAAAUAAUCAGAAACAACAACAACAACCAUCAUCAUCAUCAAAUUCAUUUAUCAAUCAAGGACCUGGUCAUAAUUUUCAUCAUCAAAAUCAUCAUUUUGUUCAUAAUCAUUCAUCUUCAUCUGAUUACAUUAAUUCACAAUAUUAUCAAUCAAAUGAAUACCCAGAUAGUAAUGAGUUCAAUUUUGUCAGGUCAAAUGUUAAGGAGAGACUUGGAUUCCGUCAUGGUUUCGAGUUUGAUCCAAACAUGACAAUAUCUGCAAAUGUUAAUAGUUGCGGUUCCAUAUCAAGAACAGUUCAUAAUCCAGCCAACAUGAGAAGCCAUUAUACAUCAGCUACAUCCGCUGGUGAUAAUACAACAAGCGCCAACAACAAUAAGCCAAUAACUUAUAUGCCAUCAUUUGUCAACAAUAAUACCUCAAUUAAAUCAGAAUUGGAUUAUGAAGGUUUUGGUGUUGCUCCAUUUAAUACACUGAACACUGUUGAACCGCCAAUGGUGAUUAAAAGUAAAGAAGAUAUUAAUCGAGAUAAAAUCUUAACCAAAUUGGAUUUACAAAAGAAACGUCAACACAUUUUAGUCUCUUGUAUGCAAGAUCAAAAAUUAUUAAUCGAAAAACUUGAAAAGGCCAAAUCGGAUAAGGAAAAAUUGGAAAUUCGUUCAACGGUUGAAACAUUUGCACAAAAAAUAAUCAAACUUGAGAGUGAGAUUAAACAAGAUACCGAAAUAAUAUUGAACGAAAUUGCUCAACUUCCGUCAUCAAUUCGUAAGAAUAAAAUUCAAGUGGAAAAGGAAUUGCUCGAUGUUGAGAUGGACUUUUACAACGAACUGCACAAUGGAGCAACGGCUUCCGAGUUACACAAGAAACUACAAGAACUUAAGGCCAAGGCGAAAGCUUUGUGUAUGAAUGAUUUGCAAAGUACAAAAAAUAUGAUUAAACGUUUCGCCAAGAUGAGAAUCGCCUUAAGGGAUCGUAAUCGUUUUGCUAAUCAUACGUUAGCCAAAAAUUUUGAAAAUCUUCGUAAAGUUGAUCGGAGAACGAGAAAAAUUUUCAUCGAAGGGGUUACCGCUAAUGAUAAUACUCUUUUAUUGUCUCAUCUAUCACAAUCAGCUGAAAUUGAAAGUCUGGAGACUACACCUCGAGGAGUAAUGGUAACGUUUAAGACCCGUCGUGACGCUGAAAUGGCCUUACCUUUAAUUUCAACGGUUAAAUUGCAAGGUGAAACUCCGUUAAAAGCUUCUUGGUUUGAUGAAGCCGUUCUGUGUAGCUCUUUGUUGUGUUACAUUUCAUUUCUUUGUCCCAAUUGAUUGUUGAUUGUUUAGUGAUUUGUUUUUUUAAUCAACGCGUCACAAUCAAUCAACAUCUCAUACAUAUUUUUUUCUCUCUCUCUCUCUCUUGCUUUCUUUUGGGAGUCUCGAAGGUUUCUCAUCCCUGUGGAGUGAUCAAAAAGUGCAAAAAAAUCCAAUUAGUUUAUCAAAUUAAUUACUAUUUAUAUUGAUCACAGGGAAUUUUUUUUCUUAUCAUCUUUGCUUAAUUGUGUCACCAUAAACAAAAAGGAAAACAAUUCUAAUGAAAAUCAAAUUUAGUAGUAACCGAAUAGUCAAUUACUACACAUUAUCCACAAGUUGAUGAUGAUAUUUAUCAUUUAAAUUUUUAUCCAUUGUAUAAUUUACCAAAACUACAAAAUCAAUUGAUUGUAAAUUUUUUUAUCAUAAUCAAUCAAUUUGAAAUGAAAAAAUUAAAACAAAAAAGUUUUUCCCAAACAAAAUAAA